AUGAGGAAACAAUUUUCAUCUGGUCCAAGCAGAAGCAACGGUUAAAAGGAGACGGAGAUGAGGAAGCGGCCGACGAACAGCAGCAGCAGCAACAGCAGACACAGGGAGUGGCGGAGGAAAAUGGUGGCCCAAUGCCGGCGGAUACGACAGCGCACAAUAGUGAUAAUGGUGGUGGCACCCUAGGAGGCAACAAGGAGGAAGGUGUGCGGAGUCGGAGCAGCAGUCGGAGCAGCAGCAGUAGCCACGCAACAACAGCGGGAGGUGGUGGUGGGGUGGGCGGUAUGGCCAACGAAGAAGUCAGCAUGAACGGUGCCACGACAAUGGAAGACGCGGAAGCGGAAGACCGAAGCCCAUCGCCGGCAACCACAACAUCACCCUCCCCGACGGCGUUGGCGUCCGCGACAGCGGAAGACGAAAAUUGUUUGCGAUCACCACCACCACCACCACCACCGCUGGCAGGAUUGACCACCGGUCGGAGGGUUUCGGAAGAGAUGGUUGGCGGAAUGCGCGAAAUCAAGCUGGAACCCAACGUCGACCGGGAAGACGACAGUCAACAGGAAGAGGAAGAAGGGUUCGGCGAUUAUAAGCGACCGGCGGGGGAACUGCGACCACCGUCAUCCGGGUCCUCGUCCCGGGGCCCAACAACGCCGUCGCCAACCCCGCUCCCGAUGCUUCGGCUCAAUGUAGCGCUGGCGUCCGAUCCGGCCGCCAAUCCGGACGCGAAGGAUCUCAAGAACAUUGGCGCCAGCAGCGAGGCCGCCUACGAGGAGAAGCAAUCUCAGCACCAACACCAGCACCAAGCGCUACAACAGCAGCAGCAUCACGUUCUCAGCAUGGCGGUUAUUGGCCAUCCGCCGACGGUGUCACCAUCGGCGUCCGCACCGACGGCGCUACUUUCCCGCAAGCAACCCCCGACGGGGUCGCUCGGCAAGGUCCCCGAUGCCAUCGCACUGCCCGUCGAGCUGCCACCCCGACUGCCGAUGUACAUCUGCGGACCGUGCGGGAUUCGAUUUUCCUCGGCGUCGACGCUCGAAGCGCAUCAGACCUACUACUGUUCCCAUCGGAAGGACGCGGACGACGGAGGAGGUGGUGGCGGCGGUGGUGGUGGUGGUGGUGGAGCGGGUUCAGUGAGUUCGGUGACGAGCAGUGGUAGCGGAUCGGCGGCCGCUGGGAGUGGUAAAAAUGCCCACCCGGGUGGAGCGGAAGGAGCGUCCGGGGAACCGCCGGCAAAGGCGGCCAAGACGGGAAAGCAGUACGCCUGCUCGCAAUGUUCGUACAGCGCCGACAAGAAGGUGUCGCUGAACCGACACAUGCGCAUGCAUCAGUCAUCCCCCAGCCCUUCGCCGGUCGCGGCCGCUCUCGUCAACGGUGACGACCUCGCCGGACACCACCACCAUCAGCAGCAGCAACAACAACAGCAACUACAGCUCAUCCAGGCGCAAGCCGUUGCUGCAGCCGCCGCCGUACUUCACCAACAACACCAGCAACAACAGCAGCAGCAGCAACAGCAACAGUCAUCACAGCAGCAGCCACAGCAGCAACAGGUGCCGGUGGCGCAAGUGGAUCGGUACUGCUCCGAUUGUGAUAUUCGAUUUUCUAGCACCAAGACCUAUCGCGCUCAUAAACAACAUUACUGCAGUUCGCGUCACCGUGAAGGGCACCAGUCGAACAACUCUACUCCGAAGCCGUCGGCUGGCCAAAAAUCCGGUUCGCAGAGUCCACCGGAUGUGCCGAAAACACCACCGGGGUCCGCUCCCCAGCAGGCGUUCCUGGCCCUUCCCACCAAUCCCAUCAUCGUGGUACCAUACUCACUGAUCCGAGGUGCUAGCGUCAUACCGGUACUGCUAUCAUCGCUUGCCCCGGGGAUCGCCAAUCCAGAGUCGGCCUGUUUCAUCCUGCAGAACGGAGCACUGCAGCCGAUCGCGAUGUCAUUGGCACACGUUCAGGCGGUUACGAUGGCGGCCGCCGUCGGUUCUACCGGUCUCGAGGGGCUUGGAGGAGGGGUGCCUGGUCAGCAUCCUCAACCACACCAGCAGCAGCAGCAGCAACAACAGUCGUCGGGUAGCUCGCGAUCGACCGGAGGAAACAAUAACCAACAACAAUCGCGCGGCCCAACGCCCAACAUAUCGAAUGAAAACAGUUCUCAUAGUACCAGCGGCGGCGGGGUUGGCCCAUCGUCCACCGGAGAAGUCCUGAAGGCAAUCAAUAAGCGUGACAAUACUGCUAACAAGGAAUCGACUGGGUCAACUCCUCUAGAUUUGUCCGUAAGGCGGCUCUCUCCCGGUGCGUUAGGUCUUCGUGAGCGAUCCCUAUCGUUGUCCUCAGCCGUAUCGCUGGACCAGCGCCUCGACUUUGACAGUCUGAUGGAGGGCAAGGAAAAUCUCUCCGUAAGCGGUGACUCGCUCACCCCGGAACAAAUCGUUUGCGCCCCAUCACUCCCCGGUAGCCCACCGCUGACUCCUUCGCCCAAGCGCCGCUCGAAUAGUCCACGCGGAGGAGGAGGUUCUACUGCUGCUGGGGCACACGCAAAUGCAGCGGCCGCCGCCAUUGCAGCCGCAGCUGUCGCAGGACAGCAUGCCGCCCUGGGUGGAAGUGCACUGUCCCUGUCUCCACUCACCCUCCAGCAGCAGCUGAUGCGGCCACUGCUUCCAGCCGACAUUGCCCUUCGAUUGUCGGCCGUCGGAGCCGAUCCGGGCGUCAAUCUUAACCUCAACAUCCUUCCCAACUCACACACGCUCCUGACGAAGCAGAGCGUCGAACUCGCCCUACGCCUAUCGUCCACACCCGGUUCGGCGGCAUCCGCCGUUCCACCGGGCGAAACACUGACGAAACCUCAGAUAUCCCCCCUCCUGAACAGUAUCUCCCCGACGGGUGCUACCACCGGGGCCGGUGUAGGUGCGGCGGCCGGUGUGCUCUCCGGUCCCACGCCACAGAUCUUCGUCAAGCAGGGUGACUCGAAGUGCAAGGAGUGCAACAUCGUGUUCUGCAAGUACGAGAACUAUCUGGCACACAAGAAGCACUACUGUUCGGCGCGCAAUCAGGACGACGGAGACCAUCCGAAGAUCAGUCCACCGAUCUCUCCGCAAGCGCAUACCGCGAGCACAGCCCCAGGGGCUAGUCCGGCCGGGGCGGUGUCGUCCGGUGGUCCCGCAGCUCGCAAUACCGUCGGCGUUGUUGGUGGACCCGUUGCGUACCAGCAACUGAUAUGUGCCGCCUGUGGCAUCAAGUUCACCUCGCUGGACAAUCUCACCGCGCACCAGAUGUACUACUGUCCGAAGCGGAUCGACGCCUCAAUGCCAGUGAAUUCCAUUCCGACAAGUGUGGUCGCACCAACGCCACACAAAGAGCGUUGCUCCAAGUGCAAGAGUAUGCACGAACCGGGUCAACCGUGCACGGUCGCUGGCCACGGUGCGUACAAGUGUCCGAUCUGUGAAGCUAUCAGCCCGAACUCCACUGAAGCCCGCCGGCACAUGGACACGCACGGUGGCGUUAAGGCGUUCCGGUGCACGAUCUGCCGUUACAAAGGAAACACCCUUCGUGGCAUGCGUACCCACAUCCGGAUGCAUUUCGAUAAAAAAACGAACGAGUUCAAUGAGGAAAAUUACAUCACCUGCAUCCUGGAGGAGGAUGGAAUUGAAAUCCCACCGGCCGGGGCACAGAACGCAGCUGCGAUGGCCGCUGCCGCCGCGGCAAUGGCGUCGUCGCAAAAGUUUCUCGACCAACAGUCGAGCGCAGCAGUGCACGAUGCCGGUUCGUCGGGGCCACGCACUUCGCCACCGAAUGGUGGUGGAAAUGGAGCCACGGGCGGGGUACAGAUGCGGCAUCACUGCGAGUUCUGCCCGUACAGUUCGAGCUACCGGAUCAAUGUGGCUAAACAUAUCAAGCACGUACAUGGACGAGAACGGCCUUCCACCGGCGGAUCUCCGCUGAUCGGCGAAGGAGGUGAAUCACUGCUGUACAAUGGCACUACCGGAGGCACGAUAGAAAUGGGCGGAAAUAUUCAGAGACCAUCGGUUCCUAGUACUCCCGGACUGAGCGUGGGCAAUAGUCACAUCAAAACGGAACCGGAAGAUGAACCUACCGUCGGCGGCGGCGGAUGUGACGAGCAGGACACGAUCGACAUUAACGUGGACGUCGUGAUGGAGGAACCGCCGUUGGCGGAAGGACCACCGAUGGCCAUCAAAACCGAAACCAUCGAUCCGCACAUGCCCUCGCUGCACUCACCACCCGCCACCAUCAGUACUCCUACACCCCCACCACCUCCACCACCACCAGCACCGGCAACAUCAUCGACGACGCCGGUCGGCGUUUCCUUGAAUCUGAAACCGAAAUCUCAUCCCGCCACCAACCGUUCGUCACCGUCUCCGCUUCUCUCGCUGAAAACGCCCUCACCGCCGACCAGCGAACCGAUCACCCUGCAAACACUCCCGCCCGGGCCCAAGUACUGCGACACGUGCAACAUCACCUUCAACUACACCAACACGUACAUUGCGCACAAGAAGUUCUACUGCAAGGCAGCGACGGCCGCGGCCGGCUCUUCGGCGAUCGGUGGAACCGGUGGUAGCGGUGGUGGGCGCAGUGCAUCCGCUUCCCCUAGUCGGUCGGCGACCGGUGGAGCAACUAGUCCAGCCGUGGCGGUCGCAGUCAAUCGAGCGACGGAAACAUCCGUCUAAAAGGCUGCGGUGCUCGGUGCACAUACACUGAAAUGUAUACGUUUAAGCUUAUCUCGUGCGAACGGAUGGCCAAGAGAGGAAGAGAAUCUUACAGCAGCCGAAGAAAGCGUGAAGAAACACUUGGAUCGCGAAAACAUUUCACAGAACCUACAUUGGCAUUUAUAUCGAUAGAAGGCUGAAAGGGCGAAAACUGGUCGCUUUAACGUUAUUUUGCCACGGUCAAUAUGUUGUAUGCAUUUAAAAACAAAACCAAGCUCCACAAGAAUGAAACACAUUUCCCCUCUCCGUGAAUGAUCAAAGAUCAUUAAAAUCUGUUUGAAUGUUGCCCUAAGAUGGUGAUGUGUUUUCCAUAACCUACUAGAUUCUCGUUGCUCCACGUGUUCGCAUGUGGCGAUGUUGUUCCUUUUCCGGUUUUUCUUGUUCCACUGCACGAGAAACGGGCCAACAAAACAAAAACUGAGUUUACCAAAGUGUUUAUCGUUUUUUUUACUUUAUUUCUCUUUAAAAAAAACAACCACCACUAGACCACACUAGGUUUAACUAGGCAAGUUAUGUUCUGUGUAUCGUUUUUUUUUAUUUUAAAUUUUAUGUAAAGAUAGAUUUAUUCGCUUUAGCCUUACGCGCCCUCCCGCUUAGUUUACGUUUUCUAUUAAGCGAUACGCAUACGUGAUUGAAAAGUCUGGUUUAAAACGUAGUAAAAAGAACGAAGGAUGGCGUAAAUGGUUCGCAUUCCGUGUUUUUCCCCUUAAUUCCACAAUAUCAUCUCCUCCCAUUGCAAGUAAAAGUAGUAAGCAGGCAAUUGGAAGCCAAUCGAAGCGUACGGCCAUCAUGGAACACAUACUGUAUACAGUUUUCUAGACACUAAGUGUAAAGGGGAAGAGCGCCUGCAAAGGGAAGCAGGAUGUGAUUAGCGCUCGAGGUGGCGCGAAGGAUAAUAUUGUACGAUUUGGGGCGAGUUCCAAACCAACAUCCAGCAAAACCAAUAUCAAAAUACACAUAAUCGUGUCGUAGUUCAGCGUACUAAAUUAGUAACGGUAGAAACUGUACUCGUACCCGUAACUAUAGUAAUCUAACAAUCGGUAGGACGUUAAUAUGUAAGCUCGAAUGCAACCACUUAGCUCCGACUUUCGCAUGCAUAAAAGGACAAAUUCAACUGGGCACUAACCUAUAACCUGUAAGCGGGCGGGCAAAUAAAUGGAAACAUAUACUAUAUCGCGAACCGUAAAUACCGCGAAAAAGGGAACGAUCUUUUCCACAAGACAUGAUAUGAUUAGAACAGCAUAAUAGGUCAAUCGGUUCGAUUGCGACGCAUCUCAAACGGUGAAUUUCAAUAACAGUUACAGACGUGUGUAGUUUUAAUCCUACCCUAUCCUACCAGAAACUUCAAAUAGUUGGACGUUGAAACUCCUACUUCAGAGAAUCGUUUUUUUUUUUUUUCAAAGAAAAAUUAAUCUUUCCUUUCACGCAAAAGUAUGUGGAAAACUCUUGUCGUUCGUAGGAAGCAAAAGAAAACUGAAAAUGCUAACGGUGUAAAGUAAAAUUUAAGAGAAACUACUGUAAUAAGCAAGGCAGGGAGGCCGGAAAGUUGGGUACGGUGUGUGCUAAGAAUAAGCUGUAAACCCAAUUAAAAGCAACCUUAGAAGCAAAUGACAAUAAAUUAUUUAUUGAACACUAGUAAUUGUGCAAGCGAAUAAACCAAGCAUUAUGCCGGUAAUAGGAGGAGAAAGUGAUGGAAAAGAAGGAAACGAAGAAGUGAGUUGCGAGAGAUCCACUAAAGGAGAAAUAGAUUUAAAACUGGUUAACUUAAAUAAUGUCGGAACAUCUACAAAUGCCAUCAUCAAGACACUAAGCAUUCGUUCUUGCGAGAAAAGCCAUAGAAAACGGAGGGGAAUAGAAAUGGUAGAAUCUAACGCCCGCAAUAUCAGCUGCAUGUUAAUCGAUAAAAAUUGUCCCUUGCAGAGCUGCUAGUAGCAGCAAACCAUACAUUAACCGUAUCCAAUUCCACUCGGGCACUCGAUGGCGAGUACCAAUUUCUCGGAGAUUGAAAUGAA